AUGUCAUCCGUCGCUGGCCCUUUCAAUGGUGGCGGCUUAGCCGAUCGAGCAGCCAAAGCCACUACGCAGAGGAUAGCCAGCAGGUCGAAAACCAACAAACGUAUCGACCAGGAGCGUAUCCUCGACCGUCUCGUAUCAGUAUUCCUGCAAGAUACCGAGCCAUCGAGCUCAAGCAGAGCAGCACAAAAAGCCAAGGCGAUUCAGGUCGUCAAAAGGGACACAUGGUCACCUGCUGACGUGGACGAGAUUGCCGCCGCAGUCCAAGGUCUAUCGCUCAAACACAGCAUUCAUCUUGAUCACCAACUUUCAAUCGCCUUGCGGAGAUGCUAUUCCGAGCUACUAACCUCAUGCGAACGCUCAGUACGGAUAACGGAUCAAGCUCGAGAUGCGUAUAAACGUCGCGGACUCGACGCUCGCAAUGUGCCAGACCCCUCAAUACGACCCGACAACGUCUCUGAUGCUGUUCGACUGCUCUUGCAGCUCUCAAAGCCAGCAGAUGUCACUGCACGCACAGCCGCCAACUUGAUGCUCAAUGCGACCCAAGCGAAUCGUGCGCAAUAUCUGACGCCCGAACAGCGAAAGCAGGCAGAGAAGCGAGAAUGGCUUGGCAUCUUGGUCGACGAGCCAUUGGAAGGUGAUGCUUGGGUCGAGGGUGGAGGAGAGGAGGAUGGCUCUGAGCUGUCAGAUUGGAGCCUCGACUCGGAUGACGCUCAUCGCAAACAGAUCGAGGAAGGAUACGACAGCGAUCAGCAAGUGCGCGAACGGAGGAAUCGACUCACAGCUGUCUCAGCCUCAAUACAGCCGACGGUCUCCGCAUCAGCCGACUUUGAAGGACGUGAGACAUGGACGAAUCACCGGCAAUCACGAUCACAAGAGCUCAGUGAUGCCGUCGACGAAAGUGUUCGCUCAGCAGCAGGGCUGACAGAAGCGGAUGCCGUUCGAGAGUGCCACGCAGCGCUAAUGGGUGGUUUCAGUGUUCUCUUCGAGAGGGAUCGUGCUGGCAAAGUCACACUGGCAGACCUUGCCUUCGAGGGGCAGCGACGCGCUCUAGCUGGACUGUCUGAGCAGCUGCAAGAAGUCGCCACACUCGCCAGCACCUUUGCAUCACUCCGCACCUUCGUCAACGCGACAAUAGCGCAAAGUAUCCAGGCAGUCGAUGCUGUCACAAGAACACCAGCAGUCGAAGCCUUUGCAGAACAGCUACAGAUCCUACUUGAACGACUGUCGCUACAGCUAUCUGAGCUGGACGCAGAUAUUGCUGUUGCUUCAAUGCCAGGCUUCCGAGCCGUCAUCCGCACCGAUAGAUACGCGACCCUCACGCAAUUGCUCCAGUUCGUUCAACGCGAGGCAGCUUCUGUGCUGCUGUUGGCCCAGCUGCUACGAGCAAUGGGCUUCAUCCCUUCGACUGGAGACGGCGAUGAUGCUUCUGUCGUCAGCCGUGCCUCGAGCGAUCGCGCCCUGAUCGAUGGCCUGCAAGCACUUCUGGGCUUCGUGCAUCAGCAAGACCAAGUAGCGCACUCCGAAGUCAUUCUCGCUGAUUUGAGCACAUGCUUGCUUGCUGCGUGUCGCCCUGCUUGGCGGUCCGUCUGUCAGCUCAUCCGGCGAGGUCUCAGCUUUGCCAUCACACGUGACCACGACCCUAUCUUUGAUGACCGUCUCGUCCAGCACUUGCUUCGACACGAUACAUCCCUGCCCACUUCAGAUCCAACAUUCUGGACUCACGGCUACGUGGCACGUGGAGUAGAAGGAGAUGUUGGCGACGAGCUUGGUGCUGAUAUGGGUUACAACCCGCCUGUCUUCUUACAAUCCAUCAUUGGGGAUGUUCUCACCACUGCAAAGGGUGUAGGUCUGCUCAGAAGCUUGGGGGUCGACGCAUUCGGCGUAGUUCAGCUGAAUGCUGAUCUGGAUGAGAUCCUCGGUCUUCACGACAAGACCUCGUCCAUCGCUCAUGACGAUGAUCAUGAAGAUAGAGCCAGUAGCGAAGCCGAGUCACACGCUCCUCUUGAAGAACAGCAAGCUCCCAUGACAUCCUUGGAGGCACAGAACAAGCUACGACAACUGCUUUUCAAGAACAAGGCUGGAUACACGGAAGGCCAACAGCACCUUGGAAAGCAGCAAGCACCAGAGGUUUUGCCGCAGACGCCGCUCUCACAGCCCAACGCGGAGCUGCUCUGGGGCAUGGUGCCGUCACCGCAAGCCAGACGUACACCACACCGCCUGUUGGAGCCACUACUCGGUCGAUCGCUGCAAGAGCACCUUGCACCUAUCUCUGCCAUCGUUCGCAAGCGCCUCACCGAGGUGCUGUCAUCGUCAGCAUCAGAAGGCGGCUACGCUCUUCAAUCCCACCUCAGGGCAUGCCACGGUCUCUUCUUCAUGCAGCGAGGAGCCGAAAUGACGAGCUGGACCGUGUCUCUCUUCCUCGACCUCGGACGACGACACGGCACCUUCCGAGCCCUGCAGCAGCACCGGCUCAACUCCAUCUUCAGCGAUGCACUCGAAGCACACCAGCAAGGGACGAUGGACCAAGCAUGGAUCGACGCCAACCUCGUUCGCUUGUCCACAGGAGAUGAUGAGCUUGAAAGCAUGGCAGCCAUUCGACAGAGAACACGCCUUCGCCGCCUUGCUGAUAUUCGGGUCCACUACGAAUUGCCUUGGCCACUCACCUUUGUCUUCCCUCCACGUUGCAUGCGCUUCUACCAGUCAGCGUUCACAACCCUACUGCAGGCCAGAUAUGCACAGUGGAAGCUUGCAAGCACGCUCAAGCAAGCCAAGCCGGAAACGAUGCACAUGCGCAAGUUCUGGGCUUUGCGUCGUCAAGCACAAUGGCUCGUUCGUACGCUCAUGGAGUUCGUCCAACGAGAUGUGUUGUUGAACGGUAGCGAGCAGCUUUGUGUGGGCCUGGAAGGAACAGUGUCGCUGGAUGGUGCGAUCAAGGUGCAUACAGAAGCACUAGACAGGAUGGAAAUGCUAUGUUUCCAUCGAGUGGAGCAAGCAAGAGUCAAAGGUCUCAUGAGCUUAGCAUGGCGAUUGGGCGUGGAAGUGGCCAACAACUACGAGCAGUACAUUGGCGCUAGCAGCCGUGAAAAAGAUAGACAGGCCCGAAGGAAACGUCGCGAACGACGCAAGAAGCGCAGAGACAAGGCAAAACGUGAUGGCGCGCCACUUGGCAUCAUUGCUGAGGAAGACGAGGAGGAGGACGAAGAGGACGAAGAAGAGGACGCUGACGACGCAGCGGAAAUGGACGAGGACGAUGGUGCUGGAAUGGGAGACUACGACACAAUCGCACGGUCUGCAGCAGUCGACAUUGAUGGUCGCACCUCGGACAUCUACGAUUCAACCUCGGUCGACGCCUCGAUGAGCGCGGACAUGUCGGCUAGCUGGAUGGAAUCAGAGACACACAAGAGAGAGCGCUUCCGUAUCGAAUGCGAACGCCAACGCAAAGCUCUGCACAGAUUGGUGGAGGAGCUCAAGAUCAGCAUCGACGAUCAGAUCGGUCGUGUGGCGGCGAAAGCAGCAAUGCGAGCCCAAGAUGCUACGCAGGCGGACCGAGCGUUGCAGGAGUAUGAUCAAACUAGAGAAAAGUGGCAGGCUCUACUUUACGCGCUUGCUUGGUCGGAUCUCACCUAUUGA